AUGAGUCAAGGCAAUGAAACCAAUUCACCAAAUAUGACAAAUCCUGUAGAAGUCUUAUGCCCUCCAGGCGUGCCUAUUGGUGACAGCCAAUGUUUUUGUGAUUGGCGCGUUCAAUUGACAGUUUUUCAUGAUGUGACAUUCACUAUCUCUUUGGCGUCUCUUGCUGUUUAUCUAAUUGGUCUCAUAUAUACGGUACCAAGAUCUCAUAUAACACGUUAUCACCAUUAUUCUCAUGAAGCAAAAAAGAUUUGGAUACCGCGACCUGCAAUUGUAGAUGCUUUUG